ACAGCAGCCUGAAUCUGCAGUGGCGCCUUCGAGUUGCAGCGUCUAGUAUACGUCGCAUUUAGUAUUAUUGCUCACGGGUUGGCUAGGCGGGUGUGUGUAGCGGGGCUGAGUUCGGGGACACGAAGGUAUCGUGGUAUCUAGAUUCGGCUGGGUUCGUGAUGGUUCGAAUCGAAGUGGACUGUGACGCUGAGCGGAUGAAGAAUACCCCGUCAUUUUCCCCUUUUUUUCUUCUCUUUUUGUUCUUGGGAUGAGGUUGAGUGAUCAGUGAAGGAUUUGUGAGAGGGAGGUUGGAGAUUCAAUCUCUUUCCACGCAGUAGGCGAGUGUGUUGCAGACAGCCGCGACUCGUCUGUAUUGCUUUUUUGUUUGGUACUUGCACUGGUGGCGAGCUGGGCCAGAAUUUUUGAAGAUGUUCUGGUUUUCCAGCACGAGGUUGAGGUAGAGGUUGCGAGGGCGUGGUUGGGAGGGUGACGACAUGAGAUUUUAAGCUCGUUUUUGUGCCUGGCUGUCAAAGAAGAGGAGCUGGUGGCGAGUACUGGUCUGUGGAGGCGUGGAUUUUUGGGGUUUGUUGUUGUGGCGAUGGCGAGUACGUGCGCGGUGACUGGCAGGUUUUGGUUUGUGAGUGUUGUUUUGGCGAUGAUAUUUUGCUCCUUGAUUGUGUCCGGCGCGGAUGCCGACAGCUCCCCGUGGUAUGUGGACGUGGGCUUGAGGGCCGAUGCAGACGCGCUGAUUCUGUUCAAGGAAGAGUUGCAGGAUCCUAGAGGGGUGUUGAAAAAUUGGAACUAUCUUCAGAGUCCAUGUUCAUGGACGGGUGUGGAGUGCGCUCACGUGGGAGGUAGUUUUGGAACUCGAGUGGUAGGGUUGGAACUCGAGGGGGCUGAACUGAAGGGACCCAUUUCGUCCAAACUCGGUGAUCUCUCCGAGUUGGAGGUGCUGAAUUUGAUGGACAACGAGCUCGAGGGCGCCUUCCCGGAGGAGCUAUGCAAUUGCAGGCGGCUAAUGUUUGUAGACCUGCGGAAGAAUUUAUUGGAUGGGUCCCUCCCUCCCGGUAUACUGACCCUCUUGCCCAAUUUGGUCGAGUUAUCCCUCUCCGGAAACAAGCUUACGGGAAAUCUCGACCGGCUGAUGGAGGAUCAUUUAGCUCCGGAUAGUGCAGCAUGUUAUCAUAUGAAGUUUCUGGAUUUGUCGCACAAUCAACUUACGGGCGUCCUGCCGAGGAGGUUGUGCGAGUGCACCGAGCUGAUCGAAGUCCACCUUAGUUCCAACUACCUCAGCGGUGGCAUCCCGGAUGAGUACAUGAAGCUUGUCAACCUUGAAAUAUUGGAGGUGCAGAACAAUAUUUUGGACAGACAGCUCCCUGAAGAGUUGAAGACCUGCACGAAGCUGCGGACUUUGAAUGUGGCCGACAAUUUUAUUGAGGGGGAGAUCCCUCCUUCCUUUGUAGAGCUUCGACAGCUCUGGAAUUUUGAUGUGGCUAGGAAUCGUUUGUCUGGGCGUAUCCCCCAAGGUAGGUGGCUUCGGGAAGCCCCUAAAUUUCGAGGGAACGAUGGCUUGUGCGGUUCGCCACUACCGCCUUGCAAAGAGGAAGUUGUCUUUCAGGAGUUCAAAGUAUAUGUUAACAGCCUUUUCCCCCGCGGAACGGAUUUCGUCCAAAGCGGUGUCAGAAGUUUUUCUGAUGACUCCUCUCAGCCAAGGACGAUAGCUGGGGUGCGAAGGUCAUUGAAAGUGACAUCUAGUCGCCGCCGCAGCAAAGGCGUCCGUUGGGGCCUCGGAAUUGCAGUGGGUCUAGUUACUGGGGCGAUAGCAGCCGUCAUUCUAGCAUUGCUCACACGUUUUUUCUUGACAUGUGGUUCCGACACUCAGGAUAUCAAGAAGCCUAUCAUCUUCAACAAGAAAAUUACCCCUCACAUGCUGGCUUUCCUUGACAAUGAGGAUGCCUUAGCUGACUGCCGUCUCCUUGGUGAAGGAGGAAAUGGGAAGGUGUACCAAGUGUCUCUCCAGGAUGAUAUUGUCGUUGCGAUAAAGUACGUUCGCAACGUAACGGAUGAUGCUGUUGACAGUGAAGAACCCAACCGUGACGCUAAGCAGAUUCGCGCGGAGCUCGAAACCUUGGGCUUCAUCCGCCACCGCAACUUGGUGCAGUUGUUGGCUUACACCUUCAAGUCCGACGUGCACUUGUUGGUGUACGAAUAUAUGCCAAAAGGGAGUCUGCAAGACGCCCUGCAGGAAAUGGCUCGCGGGAACUUGACACUCUCAUGGCCCGAACGCCACCGGAUCCUAUGCGGUGUCGCCAAUGGGCUCGCAUAUCUCCAUAAUGAGUCCUUCGGCACCAGCUCCAUCGUGCACCGGGACUUGAAACCUGCAAAUAUCUUGCUGGACGACGGAUACGAAGCCAAGCUUGGUGACUUCGGCCUGGCUGCCAUCGUUCCCCUCAAGGCCACGCAUGCUACCACUGAAGUUCUUGCUGGCACUAUCGGCUUCAUUGCACCAGAAUAUCAUCAAACAUUGAGGUACUCUCAAAAGAGCGAUGUGUACAGCUUCGGCGUUGUGAUCGCUCAGCUGGUGACAGCCCGUAACCCAACCGACCACUUCGUCGUGGAAAAUGGCGGUAGUAUUGGACAAUGGCUUCACGGGUGUCUGCAUUCGAGCAACGGAAUCGAAGCAAUGGACCCUGCCUUGCGGGAUUCAGGGUACGAGGCUGAGAUUCUUCUAGCCAUGAAAAUUGCUGUUUUCUGCACAAACCUAGACCCCCAACAACGCCCAAAGAGCUCAGACGUGCUGAAAAUGCUCAGACAGAUCCGAAACCCUGACACUGUUUCCGUUGUGGACAACUUAAGUGCGGACAGUGUCGACGACACCGCGACAUUUCGAUCAGGUCGUCCGUCAAGGUUGUCGGAAUCUGAAACAGUGUCCAUGACCAGCAGUUACUGAUCGCUCACAUCAAUGAAUAUUUGGAUAGCCUGUGAAGUUUAUCUAUUAGGAUGUCACAUAAGACGUAACCUUGUGUAAGACACAUUUUUCCUUGAGUUAGACGUAGCUAGGUGCGAAAUUAGGUUUUAAGCUCUUUCCUUAAGUGUAUGAAACGUCCUAUAACUAGGCUUUCCUCUAUACUUCUGCAGCAGAAGGUCACUUGUACUGUGUUGCAAUCUCACUUUUUGUUCUUUUUUCAUUGCGACAUAGAAAAUGGAAUGUUAACCUAUAUGCUGACGGCAAUAGGAAAGUUUGGGGGUAUUUUUGCA